UAAAUCUGAAAAUAACUUUUGGAAUUCCUUUUGACUUUUUUGUAAGAUGCUUUAUUCAAUCAGUUGGCUGAUUUUACGUCAUGGUUAUGUCUUGAAUGUUAUAAAUGCUUGUUCAAUAGUUUGUUUAUUGUUUGACUUCAUUUUGUCCUGGCAAUUGGAGUUCCGAAAUGUCUUGUAUAUUGAUCUUUGUCUACCUAUUUGUCUUUGAAGUUCAACUGAAGGAUUAGAAUGACUUCUUAUGUGUACUGGCAAUUGGAGUUCUGAAGCAGUUGUGUAUUGAUCUUUCUCUACCUAAUUUCAUCUGAAGAUCAAGUAAAGGAUUAGAAUGUUUUCUUAUGCGCAGUAAGCAUGAUGAGCAUUAAGGAUUGGGUUUUAUCUCAAUUAGUAUCCACGUCACUAGCUUCAUCGAGACCACUGUCAGCAUCAGACAGCUUUUUAUCCGAGGAACCACAAAAUGUAGAGUUUGACAACGAAGGUUUGGGUCACGUUACCACCAAUUUGACCGCUUCACCAGCAUCUGGCGAGAUGUCUAUCUCGUCCAAUGAUAAUCAGACAAAUCAGAGUUUCUCGUCUCAGCCUGUGGAAAAUCCUUCUGUGUCUAAUAGUAGCAUUGAGAAGAAAUUAGAUUCUCUGGCGAUGAUUGAAGGUCUACAAAUUAUUUUUUUGCGUCUUCUUCAACGCCUUGGCUUGUCUCAAGAUAAUCUUAUGGUGGCAAAGGUAUUAUAUCGGAUUCACCUGGCAACUUUGGUGCGAGCAGGGGAAUCAGAUUUGAAAAGAGCUAAUCUCAGAAUUGAUAGAGCUCGAGCAGUGGCUGCAGAACAGGAAGCAGCUGGUCCACCUGAACUGGACUUUGCACUUAGAAUACUUGUUUUAGGGAAAACUGGUGUCGGCAAGAGUUCAACUAUAAAUUCCAUAUUUGGUAAUACAAAGGUAACAACUGAUGCGUUUCAGCCUUCUACCGAUCAAGUUCAAGAGAUUGUGGGAAGUGUGAACGGUCUUAGAAUAACUUUUAUUGAUACUCCUGGCUUGUUACCUUCCUCGACAAAUAGCUCCGGGAAAAACAAGAACAUUUUGCUUUCUGUCAAGCGAUCUGUUAAAAAAUCACGUCCUGAUGUAAUCCUGUAUUUUGAGCGCCUCGACAUGAUCAAUUCGAGUUAUUGUGAUUUUCCAUUGUUAAAGCUCAUAACUGAUCACCUUGGCCCUGAAAUAUGGUUCAACACUAUCCUUGUUAUGACUCAUUCCUCAGCAGCACUUCCAGAAGGUCCAAAUGGGUAUCCUGUAAGCUAUGAUUCUUAUGUCACUCACUGCACUAAUCUGAUGCGACACUAUAUUCACCAGGCAAUAUUGGAUACGAAGCUUGAAAACCCUGUAAUUUUGGUGGAGAAUGAUCCAUACUGUAAGACAGAUGAGAGGGGGAGAAAGAUUCUUCCAAAUGGUCAGCGAUGGAAGUCCCAUUUCUUGUUAAUAUGCAUAUGCACCAAAAUUCUUGGUGAUGUCAAUAUUCUUUUGGGAUUUGAAGACAGUGUACAACUGGGGCCUUUAAGUAAUUCACGAUUGCCUUCUUUACCUCAUCUUCUCUCAUCUUUUCUUAAACAUCGAAUUCAAUUGAACCCAAAUGCAGAAAAUGAUGAAAUCGAUGAACUCUCUCUUUCAUACAUGGACGAAGAAGAUGAAUAUGAUCGAUUACCUCCUAUUCGAAUUCUAUCUAGAGCCCAGUUCAAGAAAUUGACUGUCUCUCAGAAGAAAGCUUAUCUUGAUGAGCUGGAUUACAGGGAGACCCUUUAUUUAAAGAAACAGCUGAAACAAGAAUUUCGUAGAAAAAAAGAGGACAAAGAAAAUGUUGGUGUGGCCUCUGAUGACAGUGCUGAUAACCAGGAGUCUCCAACGGCAGUCUUGUUACCAGACAUGUCUGUCCCGCCUAGUUUCGACUCAGAUUGUCCUGUGCAUAGAUUCCGCUGUGUCGUUACAGGUGACCAGUGGCUUGCGAGGCCGGUUCUUGAUCCCCAUGGAUGGGAUCAUGAUGUGGGAUUUGAUGGUAUCAACCUCGAGACUGCUGCUAAAAUAAGGGAAAAUGUUGUUGCUUGUGUCACAGGACAAAUGAGCAAAGACAAGCAAGAUUUCAGUAUUCAAUCUGAAGCAACUACAGCUUUUACUGAUCCUAGAGGCUCCAUUUAUAGUGUAGGUCUUGAUGUUCAAUCUGCUGGGAAAGAAUUGGUCUGCACAAUUCGCAGCAACACAAAACUCAAGAACUUUGAUAACAAUGUUGCUGAAUGUGGUGUUUCUGUGACAUCUUUUGCGGAUAAAUAUUAUUUUGGUGCUAAGAUUGAGGACAGCUUCUCAAUAGGGAGGCGACUGAGAUUUGCAGUAGAUGCUGGUCGGAUGGGAGGAAAUGGACAAGUGGCUUAUGGUGGAAGUGUCGAAACUACUUUAUUAGGGAAGGACUACCCUGUGAGAAACGAGAAGGCCAGUCUCUCAAUGACAUUCCUCUCAUUUAACAAAGAGACAGUUUUGGGUGGCAAUUUACAGUCCGACUUCAGAUUGAGCCGAGGUACGACAAUGUCAAUGAAUGCCAAUUUGAAUAGCCGGAAAAUGGGCCAGGUUUCUAUCAAGGUCAAUAGCUCCGAACACCUGCAAAUAGCUUUAGUUGCAGUUGUCUCCAUUUUCAGAGCCCUUUUGCGGAAAAAGCCUGUUAAUGAUCUUGAAAGUAGAGAAGCUCUUGAAAGAGGAUGAUUUUUUCGUUUUCACUGAUCUCCACUGUUCACUUCUCAAAAUCGGAGAAAUUCUCAAGCCUCGAAAUCUGCAGGUAACUCUUUCAUGUCAAUUUUGAUUCGGUAACUUUGUAUGCUAGUGAUAUGAAGACAAUGAUUAUAUAGUAUAUUUUCCUAUGGCUUUUGAUGGUCAGAGAAGUUUAUUAGCUUAUUAGGUCUACUGAAGUGACAAAAAUGUGAGGGCAUAGAAAAUACUCCUGUUAUUUUUGUUAUAUGGAGAGUUAAAUUUCAAAAAAGGUAAGAAAGAUUAAUCUUAAUUGAGGAAAAUGUUUCGUCGACGGUCUUGGAUUAAAUAAUGUUGUAAGAUAUUUAUGUCAACUUUUUUUCGUCAUAGUUUUAUCAUUAAUUUUUUUUUAUUAGUUA